GACAAAAUAUAUCAAAUACAUAAAUAAUAAUAAAAAAAACACGAUUAAAUAAUACCAUAACUAAUUCAGUAUGGCACUAAAUAUAUUAUAAAGGGUUUAAAUGUGUUAUAAUCAUAUAGGCCUACUCGAGUGGCCUUGUGCUUUUUAUAAAAAUGACUGUCCUAGAUAUAUUAUAAAACACAUCAGUGUUCAUUUAAUUACAUUUAUUUAACCACGAUAAAAUAAUUUUUCCUCCAAAUUAUAUAGUUCCAUAAAUACAUCAUGCAAUUGACCUUGACUUACAUCACGAUCAAGUGUUUCGUGUUGGAUACCCUAUACGAGCAAUGCUUUUUAUAUAUAUAUACACACAAAAAGCUCCAUAUGUAACAAAUGAUUACAGAUAACAAGCUGCUAAAUAAGUACCUUACCUAAAGGGUGUGAGUUAGCAUUUGAUGAAUCUGACAAACAUUGCUGUCCUUCAAAAAAUACAGUAGCUUCAAUGACUGUGUACGUAAAAUCGAAGGAAAAAAAAAUAUUAUAUUGUAUAUUAUUUCAAGGAUAUUUUAUGCACUUUUCAAUUUAUUUGAGUUAAAAACCAAUUGCAAUGCCAUCAUGAACCACUAGAGGUUCCCGAGCCCCGGAUUUAAGAAUGCAAAUUUAGAAAAGCCUAGUUGUACUCAGUGUAAAGACCAUUGUAUCCACCAGAGGGAGGCGCUGUAUAUCCGUGGCAUGAUGUGUGUAUUUCAACACGUUCUCUGUAAAUAUCAUAAAAAAACUCCACAAAACCACAGUUUCCUUUAAUAUAUUAGGACAAGCAGAAACAUUCCCCAUUCUUGAGAUGCAUGCUGCCUUUAUUCCCCUUGCUUUUCCACCUCAGAUCCUCCACACAACAAAUGCAUUGUAUUUUAGUGUCAUUACAUCAUAUUAAAAACACUACACACCAUUAAACUAAACUCACAUGCUUCAGUUCACUUGUUUAUGUCUCCUCUGGUAUCUGGAGGGGCCCACCUUUGAUCCAAAAUAGCUGUGUUAAUAUAUAAAUGUGUUUGAACAGCGGAUAUGUGUACAUGUCUGUGGGGUAUAAAUAUAUGCACAGGAAAGUUUAGCAAAGCAACUCACAGGUUAUUCCUUCCUCUGGUACUAAUGUGGUUGAAUGUGUUACUUACUUUCUUUCUAAACAUCUUUUUAUUCACAAACAGGCCAAACGAGAAUGACAGUGGUCCCUGAGGAGUUAUUUCACAGUAUUAGGAUUCAAAGGAAGGCACCAACAUCUCUGUUUAAGUAUCUGGAUUAAAUGGAUGGAAACAAACUAUAUGCUACUGGAGGAAUAAAGGCAUAGUCUUCACUGGAACACAAAUGUAAUGUCCAUGGACUCUUCUAAAUAACUCAGUGCAUGAUGGCAGAGAAAAUAAAGACGUUUGGACUGCGCUAUUUGUGGAAUAGGCCUUGGGUUUGGAGGCUCAGAGCUAUUUGGCUUGACAUUCUUUGAAGAUGGUUUUGUGGAGGGUUAAACCCAUACUCCUCCCUUUCUCUGAUGCCUGUCGCUCUUUCAUUCUGCCCAGGAAAGGCUGUACGUCACUGUGGGUGCAGAUAUAAAAUAGUCUUUGGCUGUAUCUUGCCACUGAGAACUGUUUCUGCAGCACUGUACUGUAAUUCAUGUCAGUGACGAGAUCAUUUUUAGCUCUUGUCUUGUAACGUGUUGGUGCCAAGUCUCUGUUUAAACUCGUGGAUAUCCAGGAUUCACUUUGCUGGCAUUUUCUAACUGUUGAUUGGCUUUUUGUUGCCAUACCAUGUGGACAUGGAUGUUUUCUUCACUGAUUGUUUGUGUUUUGUUCCUGCACAUCAGUGGAUUCCAACAAGAGGACACUCAAGCUGGUUGUAGCACAACUCCCAAUGACCUUGCAUUCAUCAUCGAUGGCUCCUCAAGCUUGGGGAUCCCUAAUUUUGAAACCGCCAAGCGUUGGCUCAUCAACAUCACCAGUGGCUUUGACGUGAGCACCAGGCACACUCAGGUGGCAGUCGUCCAGUACAGCGACACCCCUCGACUGGAGAUUCCUCUGGGAAAGCAUCAGAACAGCAAAGAACUCAUCGAGGCCAUCACCUCCAUCUCGUACCUGGGGGGCAACACACGGACCGGCCGUGCCAUCAAGUUUGCCACAGACCACGUCUUCGGGAUGCCUAACCGCACAUCCCAGUCUCCCAGAAACCGCAUCGCCGUGGUUCUCACCGAUGGCCGCUCGCAGGAUGAUGUUGAGGAUGCUGCCAUGGAGGCCAGAGCACAGAAUAUUGUUCUGUUUGCAGUCGGUGUGGGAAAUGAGAUCUCUAACUCUGAGUUGGUGUCUGUGGCCAACAAGCCACCUUCUACGUACGUGCUGCACGUGGAGGACUAUAAAUCCAUUGCAAACAUAUGGGACCUGAUGGAGCAGAAACUGUGUGAGGAAUCAAUGUGUCCGACACGGAUCCCUGGGACAGUGAACGAUCAGAAGGGCUUUGAUCUAAUGAGCCUGAUGAAGAUUGAGCAGGUGGCUCAGAAGGUUCAGGGCUCUUUGAUAUCAGAGAAAGCAUCUCAGCUCAGCGCUGGUAUGGACAUCACCCACAACACCAGAGAGAUCUUUCCAGAAGGCCUUCCACCAGCUUUUGUGUUUGUGGCCACUUUGCGCUUGAAGAACCCAGCUCACUGGAUGAAGUUCGACCUGUUAAGGGUGUUGUCUCAGGACGGGGUUAAGCAGAUCGCCGUGACUUUGAACGGAGCAGACAAAUCGGUCACUUUCACCUGCACCAGCACUCUGAAGAAAGAGCAGACAGUCAUAUUUAAUGACCGAGGCAUCAAGAGGCUCUUUGACACAGAUUGGCACCAGCUGAAGUUCCUGGUGAAGUACAAACGCAUCACUUGUUUCGUAGACGGUGCAUACAUGGAGGAGCAGCUCCUAGAUCCGGUUGUUCCUAUCUACAUUAACGGAAAGACUCAGGUCGCCAAGAAAAUCAAUAUUGAGACUACUGUCCCUAUAAUGCUGCAGAAGCUACGGAUCUACUGUGAUCCCCAGCAAAGUGAGAGAGAGACAGCAUGUGAAAUUUACUAUGUGGAUAAUGACAGGUGUCCUUCAGAUCGCUCUCCUGCUAUAGAAGGUUGCGACUGUCCUAGUGGUAAACCUGGUCUGCCCGGUCUACCUGGGCCUAUGGGCUUCAGAGGGGAGAAAGGCAGAGAAGGACCUCCUGGCCCUGAUGGUAAACCUGGGAAACCAGGAGAAAAGGGAGCAUCUGGAGAGCCUGGUCGAGAUGGAGAGAAAGGUGAAGGAGGCGAACCAGGACAAAAAGGGGAGCGAGGGCUGGAAGGACCCAAAGGUGAAAUGGGACCACCAGGGCCUUCAGGACCAACAGGCACUGGAUUUUCCAAACUGGAUUUAGAUGACUUGGGAAUUCAAGGAAGCAAGGGAAUCCCAGGAGAACCAGGGGAAAUGGGACCACCCGGAAAACCUGGACUGAAUGGUGAACCUGGGACAUCUGGUCUACCUGGACAUGCUGGUCCCAAGGGAGAGAAAGGAGAUGUUGGUGUGGCAGGAUCAGACGGACAACCUGGAAUCCCUGGUAUACGGGGGCUUCCUGGAGAGACAGGCCCUGCUGGACCUCAAGGUGAUCGAGGUAUGCCAGGACCAGCAGGUUUUACUGGACCAACAGGACAGCAGGGACCCCCAGGCCCAAUUGGCCCACCUGGCAUAGAAGGUCCUCCAGGUCCAAAAGGGAAUUCUGGCUCUCGCGGACAGGAUGGGCUCCCUGGACCACCUGGUGCUAAAGGUUCAGAUGGAGAGCACGGCAUUCAAGGUCCCCCUGGCAUUAGAGGUCUACCAGGGUUUAAAGGUCAUAAGGGUGACUCAGGAUCAUCUGGACCAAAGGGAAUUCAGGGCGAGAAAGGAAACCAGGGAGAACCUGGAGUUGCUGGAAAACAUGGUGAACCGGGCCUGAAAGGGAACAAAGGAGAGCCAGGUGUAGAAGGGGAGCCUGGGAGCAGAGGGGCUGAUGGGAAAAAGGGAGAUAUGGGUCCAUCAGGCCCACCUGGAUCUCAAGGCUUUCCAGGUUUAGACGGGUUACCAGGGCAACCAGGACUUCCAGGUUACCCAGGGAAUCCAGGCAAAGCACCUUCAGAAGAGCAGUUGAUGAAGAUCUGCGCUUCUGUGCUGCAGAGCCAGCUGCCACAGCUCCUGCAGGUGAUGGGCCAAGGCAGCUGCCAACAUUGUGAAACCAAACAAGGACCACCAGGCGAUCCAGGUCCCCCAGGCUCAACGGGCCCAUCUGGACCCCCAGGGUAUCCUGGCAGGGCAGGGUCUCCAGGAUACCCGGGACCUCCAGGGAGGAGGGGACCUGAAGGGGUAAAAGGUGAUAUUGGCCCAAUGGGUAUGAAAGGUGUUAAAGGACAGGGUGAAAUUGGGUUGCCAGGUCCACCCGGCCCAGCAGGUUUGCAGGGCCCACGUGGGGAUGACGGAGAGGGAUAUCCUGGGCCUUCUGGUCCACCAGGGAAACCUGGCACUUCGGGCACCCCAGGCAAACGUGGGCCCCCUGGACCCAUGGGAGUUUGUGACCGGUCCUCUUGUAAUCAAGCCUAUGGCUUUCGGAACGAUCCUUUCGGGAAAGGACCUAACUUUUAGCAUCAGGACAGUGGGAUCAUACUGAUUCUAUGCAGUCUUUUCUCUCUCAAAUGGACAUUUCUGAUGCUCAGCAUUGACCUCAAGAACUCAUAACCUCUAAAGAACGAUUAUCUUGACUUUAAAUAUGUGAUGUUUUCCUGCUUGAGAAUCUUGUGUUGAAUGUGUUAAAAUCUCUAAUUUGCAUGAAUCCAUGUUUUUGAUGGAUUUUGUUGCAUGUCCUGGCUGCUCUUUUCCAAACAGAAAGGGGCUGUUGAGCUGUGGUCGGUAGAACUCAUGCAUUAUAUUCCAAGUCUUCUGAAGCCUUUGUGCAGGAAACAGACUAAAAAAUCAAUCAUUAUUUGGUAAAAAUGCUCUCAAACAUUGUGCAUGUUCUGUACAAACUGUACAUACAUCAUUGAUUCUCUUGUGUCCUGUGACCAAUUUUAUUUUCAUUUUCAGUUUUAGUUUUUGGGUGUAUUGUUCCUUUAAAGAAAAAUUGCUAUACUGUAUCAACUGCACUGCCCUAGGCAAGCUACCUCUGUACAGGAUGUGAAGCGAUCUCAAAUUAAGGCUUUGUUCAAAUUUGAGAAUACUUCUGCUGAAGGGCUAUUGGUUAGUUUUGAUAGGAACAUUUUUACUACUACAGCAUUUUUUAUCAUUAUUAUUUAAUUAUACUUUUAAUUGUUUGAGAAAUUGUCUUAGAUUUUAGCAGUAAUCUUAAUAGCGUAGAUGUGGCAUGUCUAUUUUUGACUGGAUAGAUUUGUGCAAAGAUCAGCAUUUAACAUCUAUU